AUGGCGGACGCCGACGACUUGAUACAGGAGCUGUGUGGCGUGAGCCUAUCGGCCAUCGACAGCUCGCAGGAUGCCGCGCAGGACCUGCUCGAGCAGCGCCUGCUUGCGGUAGAGCACGCGGUGCUGGAGAGCGACAUUAAGAGCGUGGUCGCGGCGCAGGACGCCCUCAAGGACGGCGACGACAUGGCUCCAGUCCUGGCAAUGGCCAAGCUCAUCUUCAAGGGCGAGUACGCGGACGUCAUCCGUCUCCCCCAAUCGCAGAGUCUCCUAAAGACUUUGGCUCAGCUGCGCAGCGAGGAGCAGGACGAUGAGGACGAGGACGCGCACAUCUGUGGGAGCAUUGCGUCGGCGCUGCAGAGCUACCUGCUGGGCCAAUGUGACGGCGCCGAGAGCCGUCUUGUGGCCGCCUACGAGAUCCUGUUCAUUGGUGUCGCCUUCUUCGACAUGUACGUGCAGGCCAACUACACGGGACCGGCGUUCGAGAAGGAGACGCUGCGUGACCUGCUGGAUUUGUCCACGCACCUUAUCACGUGCUCGACUGAAAGCAACGACAAGAAGACGCACAGCGACGCGCUGGUGGCGCUACAGGUGGAUGGCGAAAGUCCGUUCUCCAUAUGCGAGUUCCCGCAGUUCUUGCUCAUUGGUCGCUGCUUGCUGGACUUCGUGGGCAACCACGCGUACAACGACUGGUCGGUGGCUGCUAAAGAAGUUGCGCACGGCGAGAACGACAACGAGGUGUCGGAUGACGCUAUGGAGGGCCCUGCCAAGCGCCAGAUUACCGGUGGUGCGGCCAUCCGCGCACUUGGCGAGAUGCUGGAGCAGAUCAAGUCGGCUGCGUGGUGGAACGCGCGUGCUGCUGUGGCCCACGAACGACUGCUGCUUGCGAAGCAGCCGUCGAACACGCUGUGGUUUGAAGCUCGCCGUGGCUACAUCCAGACGCUGAAGGCGACCGAGCUGUUUGCCUUUGAGAAGGAUACGCAAUACCUGCUCGCUCGCGCGUACGUGGAGUGGGGCCUUGCGCAGCACCACUUCGACAAGAACAAACGUGGAAAGUCGACGUUCGCCCGUGCCAAGGAGGUAUCUGGUGUGACCGUGCAGCUCAGCGGAUCCUUGGGCAAGCGUACCAAGUUCCAGCGGAAAAGUCUGGCUCAGAUGGUGCUGCUUGCGGCAUCCAAGAAAGAGCCUGAGAGUGAGGACAAGGAGUCUAUCUACGCCGCAGCGGUGGCCGAAUCGACUCACGUGGACUUUGGCGGUAAGCAAGUGACGCCCGAAGGUGAAAAUGGCGCUGAUUCCUCUGCUGCCCCACCUGCUGAUGGCCUUACGGCCGAGGAGGAGCACAUCCAGAGGCUUGUUCAGGAAGGCGAGGCUUCCUAUCGCGACGUGAAAUUGGACCAGGUGGACCAAGACAAUUAUCUUUUGGAGAGCAUCGCGUUUGAAGACCGCAAACUCACGGAGCAGGGCAACCUGCAGAUCGUCGAUCAGAUUGUGCUGUUGGGCCUGUGUCUGGACGUGAAGAACAGUAACGCCAACGACGGCCUCACGCGCGAGGAAAUGAUGCCUUACGUUACGCGUGUGCUAGAAAACCCCAACAACUGGAUGGUUUACUCCACGGCGCUGCUGGAGCGCGCGUGGCUCGAGUGCGAGAGCUCGAAGCGCCGUGAGCGUGCUGUUUUGCAGAUGCAGGCCUUGGUGGACCAGCACACAACGCGUCUUACGAUCACGCAAAAUACUCUGCAGUCCAUUGCAGAUUCGGCACCAGCUCGUGAGCGCAUGCAGUUCGUGUAUUCGCUGGCCUUUCCUCCGCGGUAUGCCCUUAAGCGCGACCUGGCUGAGCGCUACUUCAAGCUUGGUGUUCUUGGCAGUGCUGUGGAAAUUUGCGAGGAGCUCGAGAUGUGGGACGAUGUUGUCAAGUGCUACCAGCUUCUGGACAAGCCGAUGCGUGCUGAAAAGCUUGUGUGUGAGCGCCUGGAGAUCGCCCCCACGCCAUUUAUGUGGGUCACGCUGGGAGACCUCACCCAGGAGCCUUCGCACUACGAGACGGCCUGGACGCUCUCGAAGCAGCGGUUUGCUCGUGCCAAGCGUUCCCUUGGACGCCACUACUUUGAGAAGGGCGAACCUGACGCGGCUAUCCCUCACUACGAGGAUGCCGUGCGCGUGGGUCCCAUGCACACCGGUGCUUGGUUCACUUUGGGCGCGUUGGCUAUGCGUGUGCAUCGGUGGGCACUCGCCAUGCGCGCGUUCACGCGCGUGGUGCAGCUCGAGCCGGACAAUGGUGAGGCGUGGGGCAACCUAGGCUCUAUCCACUUGCACAACCAGCGCUUCGCAGAGGCUUUUGCGGUGCUGGAGGAGGGUCUCAAGCAGAAGCGUCACAUGUGGCAAAUGUGGGAAAACUACGCCCUCUGUGCCAUGGAGACCAAACGCUACGGCGAGGCCAUGUACGCGAUGCACCAACUGCUGGACAUGCGCGCCAAGCACAAGCGCCCGGUCGACAGCGAGAUGCUGGCGUGGCUUGUGGAGGCCAUCGUGUACCCUGAGUCGCUGAAGAAGAUGGAGCAGGAGGCUGCUGCCGAAGCCGGAGCUAUCGAGAAGGACGAAGACGAGGACGAGGUCGACGAGCUCGAAGACGACGAUGACGACCUGGCCGAGCUGGAUGAGGCCGCAGCGGUCACGGACGCGACGCCUCCUCGGUCCGACUCGCACUACAAGAAGCAGCUGGCGAUGCUGUUUGGUCGCGUGACGUCCAUCAUUACGAACGACGCCAAAGUGUGGCAGGUGUACGCGCACUUCAACGACGGCUUGGAGGGCCGUGCGGACAAGGCGCGCGACUGCCGCUUGAAGCAGUGCCGCGCUCUGCAAGUCGCUGGCUGGGAGCGAGAGGAGCAGAAGGUGAAGGACCUGUGCUCGGCGGCCUCUCGCCUGGCUCAGGACUACCUGGCCGAGGGCACCAAGAAGGCGCUGUACUCAUGCCGGCUGUACAUCCGCGGCGUGCUCAAGAAGGCGCAGGUGGAUUUCGCCGAGCUGGAGGCGGUCAAGACGCUGGCCGCUGCACUGGACGAGGUCAACGCCAGGGAGGCGCAGCUUUAG